GCCAUCUACCGGCGGCCGGCAGAAUCACCACGCUGUCGCUAAACGUAAACAAAACAGGAUGUUUUCACUGCUGCACAAACGUGAGAAUUCACACUCCGAAGGUAUCUGGGCUUGUGCCUGGGGACAUUAUAUACCCAAGGAGAAAUCAAAGGAGUCAACAAGUGAAGACAAAGAACAAGAAAAUGGAGAAGAGAAUAAAGAGAAUGAGGAAAAUGAGAAAGACAGAGAUAACCUGCCUGAUACGGAGCAGAGGUAUGUGGUGUCAGGGGGGUUAGACGACCUUGUAAAGGUGUGGCGGUGGACCGGCGAUGGCGUGGAAGGAGAGCUGUCUGCCAUGCACACACUGGAAGGCCACUCUCUCGGAGUAAUUUCAGUGGACGUCAAUGCCGAAGGAACCAUGGCUGCUUCCUCCUCUCUUGAUUCAACCAUUCGGCUUUGGAAUAUCCACUCGGGUGAACAGCUGCAAACUAUUGACUGUGGCCCCGUUGAAGCUUGGUCUGUAGUUUUCUCUCCAGAUGGGAACCAUGUGGCUUCUGGCAACCAUGCUGGUAAGAUUAAUGUGUAUGCUGUUGAUGGAGGACGACAUGUUACCACCCUAGAUACUCGAGGACGCUUCACCUAUUCUGUUGCAUAUAGCCGAGAUGGAAAGUAUGUAGCCAGUGGUGCCAUUGACGGUUUCAUCAAUGUGUUUGAUGUUGAAAGUGGCAAGCUGGUGCAUACAUUGGAGGGUCACGCCAUGACAAUUCGGUCCAUCACCUUCUCUCCAGACUCACAGCUGCUUCUCACUGCGGCUGACGAUGGACACAUGAAGAUCUAUGACGUGAAAAGCAGUCAUCUUGCCUGUACUCUUUCUGGUCAUGGAUCUUGGGUGCUAAGUGUAGACUUUGCCCCAGAUAAAAUGCAUUUUGUGUCUUCCUCGUCGGACCAUACGGUCAAAGUAUGGGACUUUGCUCAGCGUAACUGCGUGCAUACCUUCAAAGACCACCACGAUCAGGUGUGGUGUGCGAAGUACAGCCAAGACAGUAGCAAAAUUGUUAGUGUUUCAGAGGACAAAAGUAUAAUCGUUUUCAAUUCUCCUGUGUGAAAAUAUUGUUACGAUAAUCGAAGGAUAAACGGAUAUUUAAUUUUGCUCUCAUUAAUCAGUGGCUGAACCUUUAUAUAAUGGAAACUUGCUCAUUAUGCCGUGUGAGAAAUGUUGCACUCCCAGUUGCCUUUGAACAAAAUGCAGUGAAAGAAAAAGAAGUGGAUUGCAUGUUUUGGAAAAUAUUUUGACAUUUAUUGGACAGUGUAACUUUGGUGUUCAUUAUCAUUUACAAUGAUAAUACUUAUAUCUGAUUUAUGUUGUUAUACUACAAUAUAUGCAAAUAAAUGUAAUUGAAGACUUGA